CGGAGCGGACGGCUGAGCAGGAGCGAGGCGGCGACAGCGGCUGCGACUCUGAAAUCUACUGCCUCUCUGCUGUGAGGAUGUGGAUCAGAAGAUUCACAAAGACUUCCAGGAAGGGCCUGUGGCUAACCUUCUUCUCCCAGCUCUGUUAGACACCAGGCCCCGGAGGCUCUAAGGCAGUAGUACCACUCCCAUAAGCACAGAGACCAGACCCGCCGGGACCAGACUUGAUUUGGAGAGCUCCUUCCUGUGGCCUCAUAGCUGCUCUGCUGGUUUGCCCCUUCAGUCUGGAUUGGUGACACGCAACCACUGGAGAUAUUUCCAGGUUUGCUGGCAUGGGAAACUUGCUCAAAGUCCUGACCCGGGAAAUUGAGAAUUAUCCACACUUCUUCCUGGAUUUUGAAAAUGCCCAGCCUACGGAAGGAGAGCGAGAAAUAUGGAACCAGAUCAGUGCUGUCCUCCAAGAUUCCGAGAGCAUCCUCUCAGACCUGCAGGCUUACAAAGGCGCAGGACCGGAGAUUCGAGAUGCAAUUCAAAAUCCCAAUGACAUUCAACUUCAGGAAAAGGCUUGGAAUGCAGUCUGUCCUCUGGUCGUGAGGCUGAAGAGGUUUUACGAAUUUUCUAUUCGUCUUGAGAAAGCACUACAGAGUUUAUUGGAAUCUCUGACGUGUCCACCCUAUACACCAACCCAGCACCUCGAACGGGAGCAAGCCCUGGCAAAGGAAUUUGCAGAAAUCUUACAUUUUACCCUUCGAUUCGAUGAGCUGAAGAUGAGGAACCCAGCUAUUCAGAAUGACUUCAGUUACUACAGAAGAACAAUAAGUCGUAACCGCAUCAACAACAUGCACCUAGACAUUGAGAAUGAAGUUAAUAAUGAGAUGGCCAAUCGAAUGUCCCUCUUCUAUGCAGAAGCCACGCCCAUGCUGAAGACUCUUAGCAACGCCACAAUGCACUUUGUCUCAGAAAAUAAAACCCUGCCCAUAGAGAAUACCACAGACUGCCUCAGUACGAUGACAAGUGUCUGUAAAGUCAUGCUGGAGACACCGGAGUACAGGAGCAGGUUUACAAGUGAGGAGACACUGAUGUUCUGCAUGAGGGUGAUGGUGGGGGUCAUCAUCCUCUAUGACCAUGUGCACCCCGUGGGAGCUUUCUGCAAGACAUCUAAGAUUGAUAUGAAAGGCUGCAUAAAGGUGCUGAAGGAACAGGCGCCAGACAGUGUGGAAGGGCUGCUGAAUGCUCUCAGGUUCACUACAAAGCACUUGAAUGAUGAAUCGACUUCCAAACAGAUUCGAGCGAUGCUUCAGUAGAACCCUGCUCAGAGAGGAGGAUCUGUGCUGACCUCAGAUGUAUAUGUUUACAUAAUUUAAUACAGAUUGAUGUUAAUACUUGUGUAUUUACAUAACCAUUUCCUUCUUGUCACUGAAAUAUAUGGACCUUAAUUUGUAUCCUGACUGAUUCAACCCAGCAGAGCAUAACUUGACUUGAGAGCCUUACCUUUGAUGUCUGAAGUGAAACUCCUUUCUCCAAGGGCCAGAUUGGGAAAUUUCGACCUUGGCUGCUGGAGUCCAGUAGUGAUAUAUCUGUAACAAUCAGAAAUUCUUAAUCGCUUGUGGUAUUGUUUUAAUUCUAAGUGUUUUAUCUGUCUGGGAGUAUAAUUUAUAGAAACACAAAGUACUUGAUUUCCUGUGUCAGCUCAGACACAAGAAACACAUGCAACUGUUACCCUGACAGAGAGCAGAGAGAGGAGAAAGUAAGAUUAAGAAAACUGCAUGUGGAGUGCGGAGCACAAGCUUCUGAGUUCAGCACACACCCCCGCCCUCCUCCUGAUGCCUGCAAACAUCAUGUGCAGCUUUUCUAUAUGCAGGUGUUUUAUUAAUCUGAAUAUUCUCCUUCUGUCUCGGUCUGUGUCCCUUUCAUUCCCUUUUAGUAUUUGCAAGAGGAAAAAUUGGUCUGUGUUUUAAUCAACUAAUGAGAUGGUGGGAUAGAUAGAAGACUUCUUGCAGGAAGAUUGAGACAAGUGAAUAUUUGAGUAUGAGAGAGAGAGAGAGAGAGAGAGAGAGAGAGAGAGAGAGAGAGAGAGAGAGCACAUAAGGACAGUCAUAUCUGUGUCAACCCUCUGCUUGCAGGACAGAUGAAUGAAAUUCUGGUUGAGAGGUCAUAAAUAAGAUCAGUCACCUCCCAGGAAUCUGCAGAGUUCUAGGUACACCAACCCAUCUUAAUGAGGAAAUACUCAUUCUCUAUCAAAAUGGAGUGUUUGUGUCAGAGCUGAGAACUAAAGCACUUUGUCAAUUAGCGGGAAACUGGAGGAAUUUGGAGAGAAGAAAACUACUCUCAUUGAUUACCUGGACUCAUGGAUUCAGUCCCCAUCAGUAUGAGUACUUUGGCAAAUUCACUUUUAGUCUCUCCUGCCUUAUAUAUAAAAUAGACAGUCUUGGGGAUGGAGAGGUGGCUCCGUGGUUAAGAGUACUUGUUUCUGUUGCAGAAAACCUGGAUUCAAUUCCCAGCACCCACAUGGUGGCUCAUAACUAUCCAUUACUCCAGUUCUGGGGCACCCAGUACCCCCUUCUGAUCUCUGUGGACAUCAGGCAUGCACACAGUACACUUAUAGAAAUGCGGGAAAAUGCUUAUACACAUAAAAGAAAAUAAAUUUUUUAAUCGAAAAUGGAAGGCUAGUAGGGGCCACUCCACCAACUUUCAUGCAUAAAUUCCAAUGAGUAUUGCCCCACCCAUCUUGAUGAAUAUCAACAUUGCCAAGAUAGUCAUUCUGCCUAUAGGUAAGAACUAAAUUAGGAUGAAGUCUUGAAGCAUAUUCUGACCUUGAAUGAAAAGAUAUGGGCAUACAAGGUGAGUGUACAUAGGACUAGAUCCCUGAGUAUUUCCCACCUUACUCUCUACUCUUUUCCUGUUCACCAUGUGGCCUAAGAUUAAAUACUGUGGAGUGUAUGGACCAUUGCAGAGAAAUUUUCAGUCUAGCCUGUUUUAUUACUUGCAUAUCUCUGCUAGAAGGAGAGACUUUUUCCAAACAACUGAUGAAUGAUAAUCCUAGAAGUCAGGUCUAGUUGAUUAGGGUGUGAUCUCAUGUGGUUUGCAACAUCCCAAGGCAAUGCUUCCAGACUAGGGUGGCCAUCCAACAUUCUUGUUUGAAUCCUCCAAUAAAGAGGACACUUGGUUUAUUUCAAAACACAAAAUGCAGACAAGUGGGAGAACUGGUUUUCCAGUUUAUGUCAGUGUAGUCAACAGAGAGGGAAAAGGCCUUGUCACUUGGAGCUUUACCAGCCGAGGAAGUGCAGCCAUUGACUAACCUGAGCAUACUCACCCAGAGAGAGUCAUGCUAGAUGGCUUCCAUGACCUUGUCAAACCUAGGAAUUCCAAAAUCCAGAGGAAGCCAGAAAACAUGAUCCUGUGGAGGUGAGACAUUCUCCAAUGUUCAACUUUAGGGAUUUUCUCUAUUUGGCAGCCAUAGGCAAUGCUUAGUUGGGCAACUCUCAAGUCUAUAAGAGCAGAGAUGCACAAUACAUAUAAGCAUUUGUCCAUUUGCCCUUUUCUCAACAGAGGAGAUUAGGAUUUCAAAGAACAAAGAACUUCCCAGUUUCUGUUGGGCUCUUAAGACAUAGACCUGAGCCAUGAAGCCAAGCCACGUAUCUGCACCAUAGCUGCCUCCCAGCUGGCUAUAUGAGAAAACAUUAGGGAUCAUCUGUCCGAUUAUACAUAGAUAAAUAAAUAAAUAAAUAAAUAAAUAAAUAAAUAAAUAAAUAGUUUAGGACAUUUGUAACUUCUAGUUAGACUUUCUAUUAAAUGGGACCAAAUGUGUGUAUGGGUGCUGUCAGUCUGCUUCAGUCCAGCCAGUCCAUUGUCUCUAAGAUGAGACUCAACAGGACUUGGAUUUUGAGAAACCCAGGGUUUAAAUAAUUGCCUGAGGUCAUCAGGGGGACAGACUGAGUGUCUGUGAUCACUAACAGUGAGUGGACCUUAAAUCCACUCCAGAACUGUUGUGGGAGACCAAUUCUCUUAACAGACUGUCCAGUAGACAUCAGGAAUCCUUGAACAAUUUGGUUUUUCUUCCUUUUUCUGUUGUGCUGCAUGCACAGAUAUCCAACACUCAUGGGUUGUUUGGGGGAAAGUACUAGUGACGAUGUCAAUGUUAAUAAUACUUCAUGAUUGAUAUAGCUUUCAAAUAAAAUGUUUUCUAUGACUCAGAUAUUUAAUUUGAGGCAAUAAAGAAGAUAAAAAUGGUGUUUCCCAGCCAUGUUGCUACUUUUAGCAUGGUAGCUACUCUCAAGGUCACCGAAGCUUUCAUAGCAAAAGUUGGGUGGAAAAGGAUAUUUUUAUUUGAGAUGACACACUAGAGCCAGCAUAUUAUCUAACAACCAUGAAGAAAGUGUUGGGUGUCUUUAAAUAUUUAGUUAAUAUAUUCCUCAUGGACAUGAACAUACAUUCUUAGUUAUUAUCAUGAUGCCAAAUGAGAAUGGCAAGCCUAAGUUCGUGAAACACCAUCACAAUUAAGUCAAAAUAAUGCUAUGCUUUUGCAAGCGCAAGAUAAAGCCUGCUCAAUCUAGGGAUCCAGUUGUGCAGUAGAGUUCAGACUUCUCAUUCAAUCUUCUAUCGUAGACAUCUCUCAAGUGUUCUAGAUAUUAAUAACUAACAUUGGAAUUUUAUCUUUGCCAGCCCCAGCCUUCAGAACUUCAUUGUCAUAGUACAUCUGUAAAAAUGGUUGCACAUCAGAAGGGGCUUUGAAGCGGUUGUAUGUUGUUUGCCGAACUCAUUGUAAUUUUUUGUUCUUUUGCCUGCAUUGCCUCUUUUUGUACAGAACUUUUGAGUGUGAAAUGAAAAUUAAAGUUUGGUACAUACACAGUUUAAAA